GAAGAAGAUAGAUUUGGUUCUUUGCUUUGAUGCGGACGAAGUUGGCAAUGUACGAACCAAUCAAAGGCUGCGAUGGUGAUGAUCAAUGGCGGGAGAAGAAAGACAUUGAGUCUGCUCUCCAGAUUUCUCGUCCAUCUCUUCCUCCCGACAAGGAGCGAUUAGUCUCUCUCGACGUCUUCCGUGGCCUUACCGUCGCCUUGAUGAUACUUGUGGAUGAUGUUGGAGGGGUUUUUCCUGCUAUUAAUCAUUCACCUUGGGAUGGCGUAACGCUUGCGGAUUUUGUCAUGCCUUUCUUCCUUUUUAUAGUCGGUGUCUCUCUUGCCUUUGCUUAUAAGAACUUGUCAUGCAGGUAUGCUGCAACAAGAAAAGCUCUGUUUAGAUCGUUCAAGCUCCUCUUACUUGGUCUUUUUCUCCAAGGAGGAUUCAUUCAUGGUCUCAACAGCCUAAGUUAUGGAAUAGAUGUAGAAAAAAUUAGAUUGAUGGGCAUAUUACAGAGAAUAGCGAUAGCAUACUUAGUUGCCGCACUGUGCGAGAUUUGGUUAAAAGGAAACCAUAAUGUCAGCUCAGAGCUAUCUAUGAUCAAGAAAUACAGAUUUCACUGGGUGGUGGCAUUUGUUAUUACAACAAUAUAUUUGUCCUUGCUAUACGGCUUAUACGUGCCAGAUUGGGAAUAUCAGAUUUCAACAGAAGACCAAGGAUCAACAUUGACAACAUUCUUGAAUCUGAAGGUGAAAUGUGGGGUACGAGGACACACAGGACCAGGCUGUAAUGCAGUUGGAAUGCUUGACCGUAUGUUACUAGGCAUCCAUCAUCUUUACAGGAAACCCGUGUAUUUACGAACCAAGCAAUGCAGUGUAAAUUAUCCAGACAAUGGGCCAUUACCUCCAGGCGCUCCUUCUUGGUGUCAAGCGCCUUUUGAUCCCGAAGGCCUCCUAAGUUCGUUGAUGGCCACCGUUACAUGCCUUGUGGGUUUGCAUUACGGCCAUAUUAUCAUCCACUUCAAGGACCACAAAAAGCGUCUGAGUCAAUGGAUUUUGCGUUCUUUUUGUCUUCUGAUGUUAGGUCUCGCAUUGGAUCUCUUUGGAAUGCAUCUAAAUAAACCUCUAUACACAUUGAGUUACAUGUGUGUCACCGCAGGCGCUUCUGGAUUCCUGUUAUCCGCGAUAUACCUAAUGGUUGACGUUUAUGGAUACAAACGAGCAAGUCUUGUAUUGGAGUGGAUGGGAAUACACGCCUUAACGAUCUACGUUCUCAUUGCCUGCAAUCUUGUCUUUCUAAUCAUUCAUGGAUUCUACUGGAAGAAACCCAUUAACAAUCUUCUUCAUUUAAUCGGAAUCGGAAAGUAAAGAAGAAAUCAAAGGGAGGUGAACAAGUGCAGUGCCAUUACGUUGAUCUAAUUCUUUGAGAUGCUAUUUAUUCUUUCAUCAACCAAAAACUUAAUGUUUCUCUCAGAAAGAAACAAAAGCCAUCUUCAUCUUCAUAUUCCACUGUCUUUCCACACAUUCAUUAACCUCUGGAAUCCAAUCUAUUCUACUUUUGUAUAUCGAACCUCUCCAUAUU